CCGGGAGCCGCCGCCCGGGCGCCCGGGGGAGGCGGCGGCGAAGGGGUUACGGCCGCGCUCCGCCGCCUCCCCGCGCCGCGGCCAAAGUCCUGCGACAUGAGCGCGGCCCGGCGCGGCGGGGCCGGGGCGGCGGCGGCGGCGGCGGCGGCGGCGCCGGGGGGCGGCGGGGGGGCGCGGGGGGGGCGGCGGGGGGGGGCGCUGCCGGCGGCCGGGGAGCGCGUGCUGGAGCAGGCGGCGGCGGCGGCGGCGCGGCAGCGCGGCGGCGGCUCCGUGCGCGGCACCUUGUACUGCACCAACCUGCGCGUGGCCUUCGUGCCCGCGCCCGGCGCCCAGGCCCCCGCCUCGCGGCCCUUCCCGCACAGCGACUACGACGUGGCGCUGCCCUGCAUCCGCAAGCUGGUGGCAGCCAGCAGCUUCGCCAAGCCCAAGGUGCUGACGGCCGCCUCCAGCCUCAAGUUCGUCCCCGAGGAGCUGGCGGUGCACUGCCGCGACUUCCGCGUGCUCCGCUUCCACUUCCACGAGAGCGGCCUGCAGCCCCAGGCCUUUCGGGUCGCCACCGCCAUCGCCCGGGCCCGGGAGACGGCCGCGUGGCCGGGGGACGCCGAAACGGCGCUGGAGGAGGACGGGGAGGAGGAUGAGGAGGACGACAGCGACGAGGAGGAGGAGGAGGAGGAGGAGGAGGAAGGCCCCACGCUGCUCUUCGAGAGCCUCCGCGACUGGGAGAAGGAGCUGAAGCGGCAGAGUGCCGCGGGCUGGCGGGUGAGCGCCGUCAACGAGCGCUUCGACAUGGCCACCAGCCUCCCCAAGUACCUGUGGGUGCCCGGCCGCCUCCUGGACAAGGACCUCAAACGGGCUUUCGCCCACUUCGAGGAGAGGCGGGUGCCCCGCCUGUGCUGGCACCACCCCGGCGGCAGCGACCUGCUGCGAGCCGCCGGCUUCCACGCCGCCUCCGAGCCGCAGCGCGAGGACGUCAGGUGCCUGGAGGCGCUGAUGCUGGCGGGCCACGCGCAGUGCGUGCUGGUGGACGCGGCGGCCGAGCUGCCCAGCCUGGCCGAGCUGCAGCUCGCCUACCUCAAGCUGCGGGCGCUCUGCCUGCCCGACUCGCCGGUGGCCGACGACAAGUGGCUGUCGGCGCUGGAGGGCACCCGCUGGCUGGACCACGUGCGGGCCUGCGUGAGGAAGGCGAGCGAGGUGGUUUCCCUGCUGGCCGCGAGACGCUGCUCCGUCGUCUUGCAAGAGCCGGAGGACCGCGACCUCAACUGCCUGCUGGCCUCGCUGGCGCAGCUGCUGGGGGACCCGCACGCCCGCACGCUGCCCGGCUUCCAGAGCCUGGUGCAGAGGGAGUGGGUGGCCGCGGGACACCCCUUCGCCCGCCGCCUGGGCCUCGGCCGCCCCAGCCCGCGGGACGAGGCGCCCGUUUUCCUGCUUUUCCUGGAUUGCACCUGGCAGCUGGUGCGGCAGUUCCCCGGCUGCUUCCAGUUCACCGAGAGCUACCUGCUGGCACUGCACGACAGCAGCUUCGUGCCUUACUUCAGCACCUUCCUCUUCAACUGCCAGUGGCAGCGGGGCCGGAGCGGCCAGCCCCGCGAGCAGAGCUACACGCCGGUGGGCGGCUGGCGGGAGCCGGCGGCGGCGGCGGGGGGGGGUCAGCGGGGCGCCCCGGCCCGCCGGCCGCUCACCGUCUGGGACUGGCGCCUGCGCUACAGCCGGCAGCAGCGGGCCCGGUUCAGGAACCCGGCGGGACCCGGCGCCGGCUCGGCCCCCGCCGGCCCCGCGGCCCCCCAGCCCGGCGGCGGCGGCGACGGCGCGGGGGCCGUGUGGGUGCUGGCCAAGGGCGCGCUGUGGCCCCAGCCGCAGCCCUUCCCCUGGAGGAGCGGGGCGCUGGGCAAGCGCCUGCCGCGCUGGGCCCCCUCCCUGGAGAGCCUCAGCGAGCCGGAGCGGGGCCCCGUCGGCAGCCCCCUGCCCGCGCCCCCCCGGGGGCCGCUGCUGCCCUGCGCCGCCGGCCCCGCCAUCCGCCUCUGGCGCCGGUGCUACCUGCGCGCCGUCCCCGAGGGCCAGCGCGGGCGCUUCGCCCCCUCGCCGGCCGGCCUCGCCGAGGAGCUGCGGCUGCUGCAGGAGCGGCUCCGCGCCUGGCGCCCCACCGCCACCAGCACCGCCACCCCCCGCGGCCCCGAGGAGCCCCGGGCUGCCGGCGACCCCCUGGCGCCCUCCCGCUGAGGGCCCGGCGGGGACCCGGCUCGGCCUCGGGCGUCAUUCCCAAACGCUGCCCGGGAUCCGGGAGCGAUCGCCGAGGAUGGAGACCUUCGGGAUGAGGACGCUCGAGCCGCUUUUCCGUUCCCGUUUUUGUUCGGCGGUGCAGGGAGAAAACCGGCGGGUUUAACACGCUGCGUUUUAUUCUGCAAAGCUCCGGGUUUUCAGGAGGAUGAGCCGGAGACACCGCGGGAGAGCAGCGGGUCCAUCUGGCUGCACCGAGCGAACCGUGGAAGAGGAAAACAGGCUUGCUUCCCCGAGCGGGCGGCCGAGGGCCCGCGCGGCCGGAGGAUCCGCGUCACGGUGCAGCGCUCAGCGGCGAGCGGCGGGACGAGGGCCGGCGGCGGGCGGCCGGGGCCGAGUCUGUCUAUUUUUGUAGCGACGUUUCUAUUUAAAAGCCCAUUAAAGCGCAGUGUCUGCAGCGGGA